GGUGGCAGAGAUGCCCAGCCAGGGGCCUGGCCGUGGAUUGUCAGCAUCCAGGAUCCCUGGAAAGUAGGCACGGGACAUAUAUGCGGAGGGUCCCUCAUCAGCUCACAGUGGGUCGUCACAGCAGCCCACUGCUUCAUCGAGGCCAGGCACAUCACGAUGUGGCGUGUGGUGAUUGGGGCCACCCAGUUGACUCAGCUGGGCCCCGAGGCCCAAGUGCGCACCAUUAAGCGGCUACUGGUUCACGAACGCUAUAGUAAUAUCUCGGAGAGGAACGACAUUGCGUUGCUGGAAUUGGACCAGCCUGUCCAGUGCAGCUACUACAUACAGCUUGCCUGUGUGCCCGAUGCCUCGCUGAGAGUGUCAGAGCUGACAACCUGCUACGUCAGUGGUUGGGGUUCCACGACUGCCAGAUCUGGAGGAUCAACUGAUGUCCUGCAGGAGGCCAAGGUCCCCCUCAUUGAUGUCAACCUCUGUAACAGCAGCCGGUGGUAUAGGGGAGCCAUCCACACCCACAACUUGUGCGCUGGCUAUCCGCAGGGUGGCAUCGACACCUGCCAGGGUGACAGUGGUGGUCCUCUUGUGUGCAAAGAUAACAAUGCUGACUACUUCUGGCUUGUUGGAGUGACCAGCUGGGGGAAAGGCUGUGCGAGAGCAAAACGGCCCGGAGUCUACACCUCCACUCAGCACUUUUACGACUGGAUCCUAGUACAG